GGAGUGGAGAUUGGUCGAAUAAUCAGGCGUAUAUUUGUUUCAGAAUGUAACUGCAAUCUUCACGCAAGAAAGUGCAGAUUCAACAUGGAACUGUAUAAGCUGUCAGGACGUGUCAGCGGAGGCGUUUGUCUGCAAUGCCGGCAUUUUACGGCAGGAAGACACUGUCACUAUUGUCGGGAAGGUUACUACAGGGAUCCGGCUAGACCGAUCCAACAUCGUAAGGCCUGCAAACCGUGUGACUGUCAUCCGAUUGGCGCUUCCGGAAAAACUUGUAACCAAAGUACCGGCCAAUGCCCGUGUAAAGACGGUGUAACUGGUACUACUUGUAAUAGAUGUGCUAGAGGUUACCAACAGAGUAGAUCACAUAUUGCACCUUGUAUCAAAAUACCGAGGGUUGUGCAGACUCAAGGCACGGCCGGCGAGGAGAGUGGAGAGCACGAAGACGACGACGAUGAUCGCGGUUAUGAUGGACGAACUGAUCAAUGUGGAAAAUGUCGCGCCAGCACUAAAAGAUUAAACCUAAACAAAUAUUGCAAAAGAGAUUAUGCUAUUCUAGGCAGAAUAACAGACAGGCACAAAAAGAACGACGGCUCCUCAGCUGGAAUAAGCGUUUCCGGUUCAGUUUGGAUACGUUUCACUUUGAAUGUUGAUUUUAUAUAUAAAAAAUCUCCAAAUUCGAGGAUUCGUCGUGGCGAUGUAUUCCUUUACGUACAUUCGGCUGAUUUAGCCUGUAGAUGCCCAAAAAUCAAGCCAAAUAGAUCGUACUUGAUUCUUGGCCAAGAGAGCGACGGUGGAGGUCAAGGUGGGCUGACAGUAACCCAAAGGUCGAUUGUGAUCGAAUGGCGCGACGAGUGGCAUCGUAGAAUGCGACGUUUCCAGCGGAGGGCGAAAUCGUGCCAUUGAACUAAUUCUCAUCGCACCAAGGAAAAUUAGACGAGGAGAAAGAGGGGAAGAUGAAGCAAGCAGCGAGAGAAAAAGGAAUGGAGGAUAGAAGAGCGACAAGCAAGAGAGAUAGAGAAAAAGAAAAAAACAAGAUAGAAGCUUAAAACUUUUGCUCGUAUAUGUAUUUAGAAAA